GGCCCAACGGCUCGCGUGACGUCACUUCCCGGCCGUGGCACCGCCUCUAACGGCCGUUCUCCUCCUAUGGCGGCGGCAGCGGCGGGCGGCGGGGGCGUUGGCGGCGGCUCGGCGGCGCUGGGCGACGGCGGCGCCAUCGACUACUCGGUGCACGAGGCCUGGAACGAGGCCACCAACGUCUACCUGCUGGUGGUGCUGGCCAGCCUCGCCCUCCUCGUCUACGCGCGGCGGAACAAGAGGAGGAUCAUGCGCAUAUUCACGCUGCCCCCCGCCGCAGACACGCCGCCCGAGCCCAACUUCUAUGACAGCAUGAAGAAGAUCCGCCUGCGGCAGCAGCUGGAGAUGUACUCCAUCGCAAGGAAGUAUGAACAGCAGCAGCCACCAAAACAGAUUGAAAGCGUGCAACUGUCAGUGGAAUGAAGUCCACAAUUAUACAGGUGUCAUGAUGAGGAGCUUCUCAGAAACAGAAGUGGAUGAUGAGUCGAGAUGAAGAAAUCAUACAUUUAAGAAGUUGGCUCAAGUUUCCGUUACAGGCAUGGAAAGUUUCUGAGACCAAGCCAUGUGAGAAGAACAUGAGUAAAGAAGAGGGAGAUGUAGACCCUGACUUUCUAGAAGGGAUUGCAGGAUUUGAGAGGACGCUGCACAAACGUCACAUAGUUGGCUUGCUACGUCACAUAGUUGGCUUGCUUAUUCAUUUUCCUGUGCCCUUGGAUCGUAAUAUCUUGUUUGCCUACCUGUUUGGAAGUUGAAAAAUCCCCUCACAUCUGUAUCUUUAAUAUAAUCAUGGCUUCAGGCUUGUUUUAGGAAAAGCAUAUCAUCACUGUAGUUUUUAUUUGCGGAUUAGAUAGCUGCUGCUUUGUACUUGAAAUCGGUUUUGUUUUUUUAUGGAAACUUACAUUGAAUAUGGAGGAGAUCAGAUCAUGACAGUAACAAAGCAGCAAAUCCAGGGCUUUUUUUGCAUUUAAUAAACAGCCUUUGCAUAAAAAGUAGUAGGUGCACAGAUAAAAGGAAAAAAAAGAUAGAGCUAUCCCUCUGAUUUGAGUAACUUUAUAAUGUAUUGUUUCUGUGCUAUCCUUAGAUAGAUGUCAUGAUCGAAUAUUAAUCAGUUCAGUUUUUUUUUUGAAAUUGACUGUUGGUCACAAAAGCAUUCCAAAGAGGUAACCUUUUUUUGGCAGGGCUGUGGGGUUUUAAGUGCAGAUUACGUAGUUCCCAUUAGUAUUGACUUGAGCGAGAGCUUUUGAAAAAGGUAGUUAUUUUGAACAUCUUGGCUGUUACGUGAAGUAUCUCUGAGAAAAUUCUAGCUGUGUUAUCCAACAUGUUAUGAUCAUGUAAACAGACUUCUUUGUAAGAAGUUGCUGAUACGGAGUUACUAAGACUUUGAUGUUUAUAUAUUUAAUUUUUAAAAAUCCAAUACAAUUUUGAACAGUGUUCCUGAUCAAGGCAAAGAGCAUCUUUGCUUUUCAUGUGAAGUCUUAUCUGAUGUUUUAUUCUUAUUAAAAGCUAUAGUUAUUUCUGCUUACUGACCGAAUAUUUGGCCUUUAACAGUAUAUAAUUAGACAGAAGAGGGCAAGCAGUUGUUAAAGGAGUAAAAAAGCAGUUGUUUUUCUAAUGAAAAUAUUUUGAGAUCAUAUAAUUUUACUUUCUUCUGAAUAGAUGUGAUUAGUGUGUUGGAAAUAGUUUUAGAGUGGAUAUAAAGGGAACGGUUGAGAGACGGUGGCUGAGAGUGUGUCCAGCUAUUUUUGCAGCUAAGAGUUAUACUUUAACACUGGAUUAUUUUUUCAGUCUCUUUACUUAGAUAUUUCCAUAUAAUUGAACAGCUAUAUAAUUGGAUAAAAUACUAUUUGCAUUUAGUUACAUUCAUAUUUUAAAAUAGUUAUUAUUGUACUAAUUGAUAAGUAAAUCACAAUGAUUGUGAGAAGAUCCUGCACUAUAUAAUUACUUUAAUAGAAGAUUAAAUAUGGGAGAGUAUUGUCUGUACAACAUUAAAAUGUUUUCCUGGAUUUUUAGUUGCUGAAACUGAAAUCAAUAAACUUUAGUUACUGUUGUUGACUGGAACAAGUAAA